CCCCCCCCCCCCCUUCCCACUUGGCCGCCGGCGGACGUCUGCACAGCCCGCCUCCCCCACGACGCCACUCUCUCUGCACGACUCCUCUGUCGCCACUUGCCACCGCGCCAGCCCCUCGCCGUCCGUCCAGGUUCGUGCCGUGCCGCGCCUCCGUCACGCCGUGGCCACCGCUGCAGGCCCUUACGCCGCCAUCCCGCCGUGCACCACCAGAUCUGUUUGAACGACGCCAGCAACCUCACGCCCUUUCUGUUUGAAACCGCGACGGACCAAGGGCCACCGUAGACAGCCUCUCACCGCCAAGGACAUUGGAAUCAGCCCUAGACAGCGGCGUCUCGCUCUCUUACUUUUUACGGGCCAUCGCACGAAAUUAGGUUGUGAUACUGUUAGAGGUCGGAUCCAAGGCUUAAAUAAUACACGGCAAGAGUUAGAUGAUUUUCGGGACGCUGUUCCCGAACACCUAGUGCCAAUAAAAAAAAUAUAUUUUCAGAUGAUUUUGAUGUUUUGGCUAGGAAUCAAGGGAGAAGAGGAUGAAAGUCAAGCUCUUACGUAUCUUUCCCAUGAUAUUCCUUGUGAACAUUUGCUGCGCUCCCAAACAGAGUGGCAUGCUGUUGCUUCUUGGACGUGGGAUGCCCAGGAUGAAACUUGUGGGAUCUGCAGGAUGGCCUUUGAUGGUUGCUGUCCAGAUUGCAAGCUCCCUGGGGAUGAUUGCCCACUAAUUUGGGGCGCAUGCAACCAUGCAUUCCAUCUUCACUGCAUCUUAAAAUGGGUGAAUUCACAGACAUCUCAAGCACAUUGCCCCAUGUGCCGUAGAGAAUGGCAAUUCAAAGAAUGAGAAAAAAAGUGAAUUGAGUUCCAUGAUGAAUUGAAUGAAUACUGGCUGUGUAUGUUAGUGCAAUAAAUGCUUGCUUGUUGCGACCUUGUGUUUAUGCAAAGUAUGGGCGGGCUAGGCACAAAUGCAUUAAUGCCGACAUAUUGGGUGAUGGAAGGUGAGGAAACACUUUAUCGUAACGUUUUGUAGUUUAUCCUGAUGAGAAAUGAUAAAUUACAUAUGCUUCUAUACUAUUUGGUCAACAAUUGGAAACCAUUAAAAUAUGCCAAGUAAUGAGAUGUUUGAUAAUCAGAAAAGUAGAAUUUGAAUACAA